GCCAAUAGAAUUCAUUUCAUUUUCAAAAGACGGAAAGCGCAUUAUAUCAGGAUCAAGUGAUGGUGAAAUUCGAACUUGGGCCAGUGAAACUGGAGAGCUCAUGACGAGUUUAUCUAUACCCACUGGAAUAGCAGCCUAUGCUCUUACCUUGUCACCUGAUAGCAAGCUUAUUGCCCAUGUACACUGGGAUGGAUAUAUUGAAGUAUGGGAUGGUGAGACAGGGGAAAUUGUAGCAGGCCCAAUUAAGGCUCCCUAUGAUCGCAUGGUAUCCGUUGCCUUUUCACCUGAUAGUAAACGGAUUGUCUCUGGAUCUGAAAAGGCGAUUCAUAUAUGGGACAGUGGAACGGGAGUGUGUGUGGCAGGUCCAUUUACCGGCCACGAAGAUGGGGUGACAUGUGUUUGCUUUUCUCCCCACGGCAAGUGGGUUGCCUCUGGAUCCCAGGACGGGACAGUUCGUGUAUGGGACAGUGAAACAGGGCAUUUAAUGUCAUGCUUCGAUCAAGAUUAUCAGCCGGUGAUGUCCCUUGCCUUUGCACCCAAUAAUAAAUAUAUUGUCUCUGGAUCUCUAUUGGGAAGGAUUUUUAUAUGGAACAACGAAGCACAAGAAGCCAUGGUAGGUCCAUUGGCUGGCCACACUUCUUCGAUUCGUUGCAUUGUUUUCUCACCCACUGGCAAGUGGUUUAUCACUGGCUCAUAUGAUGAAUCGGUUUGUGUAUGGGACAGUGCCACGGGAGAGGCCAUAGUACCUCCAUUCACUGGCCACGAUAGUUUGAUCACAGCAGUUACCAUUUCUCCUGAUGAUAGGUGGAUCGUCUCUGGAUCAGGCAAGGGCACAAUCUAUGUCUGGGACAGCAAUACAAGAGGGGCUGUGACAGGCUUGGCCGACACAAGUGAGAUGGCACCUGUUGCCACCUCAACUGAUACAGAAAGAACUACUUUCAGAUUGAAAGACAAUUCCCUUCACACCUGGGAUAACGGGAGUGAGCGGAAUGUGAUAGGUCAUUUCAGUGGCCACACAGGUUGGGUGACGUCUGUCACCUUCUCUCAUGAUGGUGAUCAAAUUGCCUCCGGAUCAGUUGACAAAACAAUCUAUGUAUGGGACAGCAAGACAGGAGAGGUAGUGGCGGGCCCAUUCACCGGCCACACAGGAGGGGUACCGUCUAUCAGUUUUUCUCCUGAUGGAGAGGUAGUGGCGGGCCCAUUCACCGGCCACACAAGAGGGGUACUGUCUAUCAGUUUUUCUCCUGAUGGUAAGCGGAUCGCCUCCGGAUCAGAUGACAAGACGAUUCGUGUGUGGAACAGCGAGACAGGAGAAUUAGUGGCCGGCCCAUUCACUGGCCACACGAGUAAAGUGACAUCUGUCAGUUUUUCUCCAAAUGGAAAGCGAGUGGCCUCGGGAUCAAACAACAGGACAGUUUAUGUAUGGGACAGUGAGACGGCAGAGGUUGUGGCAGGCCCAUUCACUGACCACUCACAUAGAGUGCUGUCUGUCGGCUUUUCUCCCAGCGGUGGCAACGGCAAGCAUAUCGCCUUUAUAUCAGAAGACGGCACAUUUUGUAGAUGGAAUUAUGAAAUUGGAGAGGCAGUGAAAGUUCGGCUCCCUUCUUAUAUCGAUUCUGUUGCCUUUUCACCUAAUGGCAAGUUGAUUGUCUCAGGAUCAUUGAUUGAGAAUAUCGAUAUUUGGGAUUGCAAGACGGGCAAGAUCAUGGCAGGUCCACUCAUAGGUCAUUCUCAUCGCCUCACAUCCAUUGCCUUUUCAUCUGAUGGCAAACGUAUUGUCUCCGGAUCAAUGGACAGGACGAUCCGUGUGUGGGACGUGGACGCCGCCUUGUCUAUAUUUCGAAAAGAAACCAGAGAUGCCGUGCUGACUGACAUGUCCCCAAAAAUAAAUCAUGCCUACAGGCACUCGGAAAAGGAUAUCCCCUCAGCAUCAGCAGCGCUGACCUUCAUGCGAGUGAUAAGGGAUGGUUGGGUGUUGGGCCCAGAUAAAGAGCUUUUAUUUUGGGUUCCCAUUGACCUUCGGGAUGGUCUUUUAUUUCCGUAUACCCUCCAUGUUAUUGGGACGUGCAUCAAGACUAGGGUCAAUUUGGAUUCAUUUGUCCACGGCGAGUCAUGGACACUUUGUAAAAGUG